AUGUCGAGCCCACCAACUCCCGAGGAACUUCUCUCCAUGGCCUUCUUGGGCCAGGAAAACUUCACCCCUGCCGCUGAGGAACGGCAGCAACCCCGGUUCCUCUCCCUCGCCCCAACAACCAGCGCUUCCUACCCCUCGACCCCCUCUGUCAAGUCCCCUGCACCUCAAUCUCCUCUUCAGGCUGCUAUAGAAACUCCCAACAACACCAUGGCUAAAUCAACUCCGGCCAGGACUGUCAAUGCCACUCCCGUUACGCCGAGCGCCGCAGUUAUUGACGAGUCCUUGAAGUCGAGGCGGAGCUCGAGCUUGAGCAGCGAUGGGAGCAACCAGAAGAAGCGAUUCCUGAAGUUGGGACCCGUCCACUUUGGUGACGGCGGCAAAAAUGAUUGGAGCGAGGACGUUGUCGAGGAGUAA